AUGCGUCGUUUCCUCGCGCUCCUCUGCAGCGUCGCAUCCGCGGCGCCGGGCGGGCGGCCCGACGCGGACCGCCUCCCUCCCAUCUUCCUCAUCCCGAGCCUUUGCGGCUCGAGGCUGCGGGCCUGGUCCACGGUCGACUGCCCCUCGAGCCCCGGCGUGUCCAUCACGCCGGGCACGGAUGUAUGGGUCGCGCCGGCGCUCAUCGCGGCGGUGCCCGGGUGCUGGUGCGAGUGCCUGCGGCUCUGGGGCCCGAACGCGACGGACAUGCCCAACUGCACCGUCGCGGCGAUCUACGACCUCGCGGACGGCUUCCUCGGACGCUUCGCGCACAGCAUGUCCGGCGUGAUCGACGCGCUCGUCGCCCGCGGCUACGACCCGACGAGCCUGCACGCGGUCCCCUACGACUUCCGCGUGGCGCCGGAGACGCUCGAGACCCGCGACGGCUACUUCUCGCGGCUCAAGGCGAGCGUCGAGGUCGAGGUCGCGCGCACGGGCCUUCGCGCGGUGCUCUACGGCCACUCCAUGGGCACGCGCGUCGCCGCCUACUUCUUCGCGUGGCUGGGGCGCCGCGUCGGCUCGGAGCGAAAGCGGCGCGAGUGGAUCGACGUGCACGUCGGUAUGUACGUCGCCAACGGCGCGCCGCUCCUCGGAGCGCCGGAGAUCGUGUCGUCGAUGGUCGUCGGGCAGACCAUGGGGCUGCCCAUGAAGCGCGCGCGGCUCCGCGAGGUGCUCAUCGCGGGGGGCAUCGCGUCCCUGGCGCCGUCCGUCGCGACGCGCGGCGGCGCCGCGCCGCGCCACGCGACGCCGGAGCUCCCGACGUUCCGGCUCGGCGGCGACGCCUUCGGCCCCGAGGCCUGCUGCGGCCCGUCGUCGCUCGCCGCGGGGUUCGAGCGGGCCGCGGCGUUCGACGACCUCCUGGGGGACGCGGCGGCCAUGGUCCGCCGGCUGAGCGCCGACCCCUUCGUCGGCGACGCCUUCGCGGUCGCCGUCGCCCGGCCGCCCGUCGACGUCGUCGUCGCCGCCUACGGCGUCGGCCUCCAGACGGAGCUGUCGGCGUCGUUCCGGCGCGUCGCGGCGAGGAACGCGACGCCGCCGCUCGGCGCGGGGGCCCUGGAAGCGGCGGGCGUGGAAACUUACGACGGUUUGCCCCUCCGGCGGACGACGGCGCUCUGGGAGGCCGCGGAGACGGUCUACGAGCGCGGCCUCGCGCACCGAGAGCUCGUCGACGGCGCGGGCCGCGUGCGCGCGACGGGGCCGCGGGAGGCCAAGAGCGGGGACCACACGGUGCCCUACGCGAGCCUGUCGGCGGCCCACGCGUGGCUCGGCGGCCGCGUCGACGUCCACUCGGUGCCCCUGCGCAACUUCUUCGAGGACGACGAGGUCAUGAGCGGAACCUACGACGCCGCGAACCGCGCCGCGGUCUUCGACGAGACCCCGGUCAACCACACGCUCCUCGAGCCGCGCUUCACGACGUUCGAGUCGCGGUCCUCCGGCCGGCGCACGGCGGUCUGGGAGAUGGACGCCGUCGCGCACCGCGACUCGUCGAACCACAACGUCUUCCUGUCCCACUUCCUCCGGGAGCUCGACGUCUUCGCGGCGACGGCGGCGCGGACGCGGCGCGCGAGCGAGGCCCCGUCGCGCGUCCACGUCGAGGACUGGCGGCCCGACGGCGACGCCGCGUGCUACUGGUCCUACGCGCGGCGCCGCUGCGCGAACCCGGGCGCCUGCGAGUACCGCUACGCCAAGGGCGACCUGCACCUGACCCAGUCCUGCCGCCUCGUCGCGACGCGCGGCGCGCCCGCGCCCGCGCCGCGGACGGACGCCGAGUGCCACUGGGACUACGCGCGCGCGACGUGCGCCUGGCCGACGGUCUGCGCGUACGCGUACGCCUUCGGCGACGUGCGCCUCGACGACUCCUGCCGCGUGCGCGCGGGCGUCGACUACGGCGCCGUUCACGCGGCGGCGGCGGACGGCGCGCCGCUCGGCGUCCUCCUCGCCGCGGCGGCCUUCGCCGUGCUCGCGCCCUUCGCCGUCGUCGCGGCCGCGGAGCUGCGCCGGCGCGCGCGGAGUCGGAAGCUAAGGAGGCGCCGCGCGACGCCGGGGUGCCCCGCCGGCGGCAUGGCGAACCUCGGCGACUACCACUGCGUCGUCUGCGACAACGGCACGGGCUUCGUCAAGGUGGGCUACGCGAGCGAGAACUUCCCGCGGUCCAUCUUCCCGUCGAUGGUCGGGCGGCCGAUCCUGCGCGCGGAGGAGGCCAUCUCCGACGACGUGACGCUCAAGGAGGUCAUGUGCGGCGACGAGGCGGCCGCGGUGCGCAUGAGCCUCGACUGCACGUACCCGGUCGAGAACGGCAUCGUCAAGGACUGGGACGACAUGGAGCUGCUCUGGAACUACACCUUCUACGAGAAGCUCGGCAUCGACCCCAAGGACUACAAGAUCAUGCUCACGGAGCCGCCCAUGAACCCGCUCGCGAACCGGCGGAAGCUCGUGACGGCCAUGUUCGAGCUCUACGGCUACUCGUACUGCAACGUGUCCAUCCAGGCCAUGCUGACGCUCUACGCCCAGGGCCUGCUCACGGGCUGCGUCGUCGACACGGGCGACGGCGUCACGCACGUCGUGCCCGUCUACGACGGCUUCGUGCCGCAGAACCUCAUCCGCCGCCUCGACGUCGCGGGCCGCCACGUGACGCGCUACCUCAUCAAGCUCCUGCUCCUGCGGGGCUACGCCUUCAACCGCACGGCGGACUUCGAGACCGUGCGCCAGAUCAAGGAGAAGUUCUGCUACGUGGCCCACGACAUCGCCGUCGAGCGGCGUUUAGCGCAGGAGACGACGGUGCUCGAGGCGACGCACACGCUGCCCGACGGCCGCGUCAUCAAGAUCGGCCGCGAGCGCUUCGAGGCGCCCGAGGCCCUCUUCGACCCGUCCCUCAUCGACGUCGAGUCCAAGGGCAUGGGCCACAUGGUCUUCGACAUGAUCCAGUCGGCGGACAUCGACACGCGGUCCGAGUACUACAAGCACAUCGUGCUCUCCGGCGGCUCGUCCAUGUACCCGGGCCUGCCCAGCCGCCUCGAGCGCGACAUCACGAACCGCUACCUCGCCGAGGUCCUCAACGGCAACGAGGACCGGCUCAAGAAGUUCAAGAUGCGCAUCGAGGACCCGCCGCGCCGCAAGCACCUCGUCUUCCUCGGCGGCUCCGUCCUCGCGGACAUCAUGCGCGAGCGCGCCGAGUUCUGGAUGACCAAGGCCGAGUACGACGAAAACGGCAUCGACCGCACCCUCGCCAAGUGCCGCUAGAGAGCGGGGGGACGACGCGCGAGACGCGACCGGGCCGACGUAACCGCCCCUUCGAUGCU